AUGGGUGUUGAUUUCGAUGUUGGUCCAACUACUGAACAGAUAAUAGCAUCAUGUGAGAGAUGCGGAGAUUGGUCUCGGGAUGAUCGCAUGUGGCUGGGAUACCUAGUUAUAUUCACUGGAUUCAUUGAAGGGAGAAAGUACUCAACCGCUACAAGGGCUUGUCUUGCAAGGGUAUUGAUGGAUUUAGAAGUAUUUGAGAAUUAUCCAUGGGGGAGAGUGGCAUUUAAGGUGUGGGUCUACUUUGCAAUGCCAGAAUUGGGUGUUAAUAGUGGGAGGCCCUUACCAAACAGACCGUCUCCACCUUUGCUGGCUUACAGUGGUGGCAAAGGACGUAAAUGUCUUCAAGAGGCUAUCAGAAGAUAUAGUCACGUGGUCCACUAUAUUGAGAAGGACUUUGAUGAAAUGUUUCCAAAAUGUGAUGAUGAAGCAGAAGAUACAACCGCUGACAACAUAAUUAAAAUAAUGUUUAAUGCGCCAAAAUAUUGGAAGUGGACCAUGGAUUGCUGGGAAGCUGCCGGUACUAAGGCGUGGACCAAUCCUCUGAAAACAGUUUUAAGACCUCAGAAGAAAGGUAGUAAAGAGCCUCCGGCAGAUGAUCGUAAAGAGGCUCUGACAGAUGAGCGUAAAGAAGCUCCGGCUGAGGAUCGUUCAAAGUCUUCUAUUGGUGUGGAUGGGAUGAGCAAAGCACAGAUUGAACAAGGCUUCAAGGACCUAGUCGAUUCCAUGAGGGAUGGGUUUCAGAUGUGCCUUCAGGAGAUAAAGCUUAUUGGAGAUAGGCUGGAAGCUGUGGAGAAGAAUGUGGGAAUCUCCAAAAAACGACUGCAUCUAAUGAUCUUCAACUCACUUCUUCAGCUCAGCAUAAACGUGGGCACGAAAUCAGGGUUAGUAAUGAAACCUCUCCCAAAAUCACAGGACGUCGUGUCACUAGGAAAAAGUGAAAGUGUUAAUGGGGCGAAACCAGGGCAGAAAGACGCUCAAGAACAAAGUGGGUCUACAACAUCGAGUUCCUCCAAAGAGCUCAGUCUUGUAAUAGCAAAUGUGAAUGACCCCAAGAUGACUGAGGCGAAAGUGACUGAACCGACUGUUGAUCCGAGUGUUGUCUUACUGGACAAAGGAAUACCAACCAAGCCAAAUAUACAACAGCAGGAAGAUAGAAGACAUACAAAAAAGGAUAUUGCUUUGGGAAGCAGCAUAGCCAAAGUGAUCAUUCCAAACACGAAGAUUGUUCAUGGCUAUGAUCCUUUUGCACCAGUUGACAAGAAGAGGACGGAUGUGCUUAUUGACUGGCUGAAACUUGAUAUUUGUUAUAAAACAACUGUUGCAAAGAAACCUCCAGCUUGUCCAAGUUUGUGGUAUUACAUCCUCCGAAGCCUCCUAGCAUGGCUCACAGACUCGGUCUCGUACAAACAUUUUGCUAAUCUAAAAAGGUUUGGAGGGGGGGAGGAAGAUGUGGAUGUUUUAUAUGCGCCAGUGAACUACAACAACGAUCACUGGAUUGCUAUAUGGAUAUCUAUCCCCAACAAACACAUAGUCGUGUGGGACAGCAUUCUUAAACAUAUUAAACCUGCAGUACUCGAUGAGGUAAUGAAGCCUUUUCUCACAUGA